GAUGAUGUCACCGUCAUGUGAUCAGUCACAUGGAGGAGGAGGAGUCACAUGAUCAGGGGCUGCUGCUCUGAGAGAUCUUCACACACAACAGCAGUGACUACCCCACCAGGACCUGCUCUGUAUCUGUUACAUGCUGGAGGUGUAGGACCUGUGAUGAUGUCACAAUCAUGUGACCAGUACAUUUGGGGGCAAAGUUUAGCAGUAUAGACGUGACUGUGGCUGAAGGACCUGUGGGUAGGAUCAUGUGACAGGAGUGGGCGGAGCUCAGCAGCGCAGGAUAGAAGAGAUUGUGAUUGAAGGACCUGUGACAAUGGUCAUGUGACAGCAGAGUCCUGCAUACACUGAACAGAUGAGCCUAGAGCAGCAGCCCCUGAUCAUGUGACGACUCCUCCUCCUCCAUGUGACUGAUCACAUGACGGUGACAUCAUGCAGGUCCUAUAAGCGGCUCCCGUACAGUCUGCAGGUGGAGGUAUGUGUGUGGUCACAUGUGGAGGCUGUCAGAUGGUUUUUGUACUAUUAACCCCUUCAGGACCCGAUUCCUAUAAGGUGUCAGGACGUGGCGGUCUAUUUCUCCAUGGAGGAGUGGGAGUAUGUAGAAGGACACAAGGAUCAGUACAAGGAUCAGGUCAUGAUGGAGGAUCAGCAGCCCCUCACAUCACCAGUCAGAUCCAGUAAGAGAACAGCACCAGAGAGGUGUCCCCAUCCUCUUGAUGAACAGAAUAUGGAGGAUAUUACCACAGGGAAAGAUCUGAUCUAUAUUAAUGCUACAGACAUAAAGGAAGAAGAAGAGACAGAUGUGAGCAGUGAUGAGCAGUAUAAGGAGGACAUUUCUACAGAGCAUGAUCUCAGCUAUAUUAAUGCUACAGACAUAAAGGAAGAAGAAGAGACAGAUGUGAGCGGUGAUGAGCAGCAUAAGGAGGAUAUUACUGCAGGGAAAUAUCUGAUCGAUAUUUAUACUACAGGCAUAAAGGAAGAACAAGAGACAGAUAUAAGCGGUGAUGAGCAGUAUAAGGAGGACAUUCCUGCAGGGAAAGAUCUGAUCUAUAUUAAUGCUACAGACAUAAAGGAAGAAGAAAAAACUGAUGUGAGCGGUGAUGAGCAGUAUAAGGAGAACAUUCUGACAGGAAAAGAUCUGGAUAAUAUUAAAGCUACUGAUAUGAAGGAAGAAGAGACAGAUGUGAGCAGUGAUGAGCAGUAUAAGGAGGACAUUCCUACAAGUAACCACCCAGGUCCAGACGGUUACAAGGAUACCCAAGAUUCUUGUAGCAGGAGAUCAGAGGAGAAUCUUAUAUCUUCAGAUUAUAAAGCAGAUGAUGAUAUCACACAAGAUACAUAUGAAGAACAUUCCAUUAUCCCAGAUACACCCUCAGCCCUUCACAGCCAAGAUCUGUCAUCUCAUCCUUAUAUACAGGUCCUGUCUUCUCACUCAUCACAGGAUAUUCAGCAAAAUAAAGGUCACAGAAGGGGUGUUGGACAUGAACGAGCUCAUACAGGAAAGAAACCAUAUUCAUGCUCAGAAUGUGGGAAAUGUUUUCCUUUUAAAUCAAGUCUUGUUACACAUCAAAGAACUCACACAAGAGAGAAGCCAUUUUCAUGUUCAGAAUGUGGGAAAUGUUUUCCUACGAAAACAAAUCUUGUUCAACAUCAAAGAACUCACACAGGGGAGAAGCUAUUUUCAUGUUCAGAAUGUGAGAAAUGUUUUACUAAUAAAUCAUAUCUUGUUGUACAUCAAAGAACUCACACAGGGGAGAAACCAUUUUCAUGCUCAGAAUGUGGAAAAUGUUUUACUCAGCAAUCGCAUCUUGCUGUACAUCAAAGAACUCACACAGGGGUGAAACCAUUUUCAUGUUCAGAAUGUAGAAAGUGUUUUACUGACAAAUCAAAUCUUGUUCAACAUCAAAAAACUCACACAGGGGAGAAGCUUUUUCCGUGUUCACAAAUUACUGAGAAAUCAAGUCUUGUUUAUCAUCAAAAAACUCACAUAGGAGAGAAGCUAUUUUCAUGUUCAGAAUGUGGAAAAUGUUUUACUGAGAAAUCAAGUCUUGUUACACAUGAAAGAACUCACACAGGAGAGAAGCCAUUUUCAUGUUCAGAAUGUGGAAAAUGUUUUACUAAAAAAUCAUAUCGUGUUGAACAUCAGAGAACUCACACAGGGGAGAAGCCAUUUUCAUGUUCAGAAUGUGGAAAAUGCUUUACUUGUAAAUCAAAUCUUGUUAGACAUCAGAUAACUCACACUGGAGAGAAGUCAUUUCCAUGUUCAGAAUGUGGAAAAUGUUAUUCUAUGAAAUCAAGUCUUGUUAAUCAUCAAAGAACUCACACAGGUGAGAAGCCAUUUUUAUGUUCAGCAUGUGGAAAAUGUUUCACUGGGAGAUCAAGUCUUGUUUAUCAUCAAAAAACUCACACAGGAGAGAAGCCAUUUUUAUGUUCAGAAUGUGGAAAAUGUUUUACUGACAAAUCAGGUCUUGUUCAUCAUCAAAAAACUCACACAGGGGUGAAGCCAUUUCUGUGUUUAGAAUGUGGAAAAUAUUUUAUUCAGAAAUCAGAUCUUGUUAAACAUGAAAGAAUUCACACAGGAGAGAAGCCAAUUCAGAGCAAUAAAUGAUGCAGAUAACACAUCUAUAUAUUAUCCAUGUACAUAGGAUAUCUGACAUUUAUAUGGAUCAUAAACUGCAGGGGUCUCAAACUGGCGGCCCUCCAGAUAUUCCAAAACUUUAACUCCCAGCAUGCCUGUGAGGGGAGUCAGCUUGUUAUAGGUUUUUAUAUAACCUUCUAUAAUAAUCCUUUAUAUGAUUAUACGCCAUUUUGUAUAUCAUCACCAUGUUGUCUAUAGUCCACCAUCUUGUCUAUGUUCCUUCAUUAUGAACUGAGUGUGAACUUUACCAGAAUUAUAACCAGGAAACUUGUAAACAAGAACCACAACUGCUGAGCGUACAGAAAACUCCAAGGCUUUGGAUAGGGGAUAAGAUGUGUAAUCCCCGGAGGACCCCUUUAAAUAAUACAAUACACUAAUUCAUACUAUAGAAGAAAGGAUGUCCAGCGCAGAUUCUUGCAGAACGGAGCUUUUAUUUGCAGACUUUCACCUCGGUGCACAGACAAUGUAGACACACAUGACGGGUUUCUGUCCUACAUCUGGACCUUAGUCAUACAAGUUAUAAAAUUACCUGUCAGCCAUUUAUAGAGGACGUGAGACAUCAGCUCCUCCUUAAUGGGGCGCUUCUUAGAUGUCCCAUCUUCUCCACCCCCCAUCAUACAGGUGGAUCGUACCACCUCUACAUGACCAGGGGUGAUAUCUGACUAUAGGAACAUAUUCAAUGUAUCUAUCACAACCACAUAUAAUGUGAAAUAUAAAGAACAUAUCCAAUCACCUAUAUAGAAAAUACGUAUCAUAAAUAUACAGUAUAUAAAACCAAUGGCUGUCAUUGUGGGAAUAGGCCGGGCAUUAUAUAAAGAACUUUUUCUGUAAUAUGGAAAUAUAUAU